CUUCAUUCUCUUCCCCCCUUCUCUCUCUCUCUCUCUCUCGUUCUCAGAGAUGCUCUGUUGUGGGAGAGGGAGAGACUAUUCUGAAUAAAUAAAGAGGGAGAGUGGGGCGUGAAUGUCUCAAGUCUUAACAGUUAAGGUGUACCAAAAAUACAAUCCCUGAAUCUUCGUUGGCACUCUUCUGUUUUUCUUUUAGUUUUUUUCCCUUCUUUGUUUUUCUAAGAAAGGAACGCCAGAUAUACGGUGCUACAGUUUGUUCCAUCUCUUUUGGAUGAAACGAUUGGAGGUUUUCUUCAUUGGUGAAUUGUGGGGAUAGGUAGAAUUGGGGUGGCAAUGCUUCGUCACCAUGGCGGUUUCGUGCCUGGCUUUUCUUUAUGUGCUUCUUCAUGUAAUGUUGAGAAUUGGGUUUACAAUCGUUGAAUAAAUUGAAAAACAUGGGAUUUGGAUUUCUCCAAAGAAUUUGAGGAAUCCUCUGACUUUCUGGGAGAAAUUGUGGCGUAGUAAGGGCGGACUCUUGUUAGUUUGCUCUUGCAAUUGUUGCAUUUCCUGUCUGUUGCCGUCGUUGGCGGUACCCAGACAGCGACGGCCAUGUCUGGGUUCGUGGGCGUUCUUGUUUCUGAUCAAUGGCUUCAGAGCCAAUUCACGCAGGUCGAACUUCGUGGAUUGAGGUCGAGCUUCCUUUCCGUCAAGAGAGAAUCCGGGCAUGUCACCGUCGCCGAUUUGCCGGCGACUUUGGCGAAGAACAAGCGAUUCAGCGAGAAGUUGACCGAGGAGGAGAUCGCUGCUUUCUUGGGGGAAACAUAUCCAAACACGGAGGAAGAGAUCGAUUUUGAAGCGUAUCUUCGGGUUUGUUUAAAUCUGCAAGGACGUGUGCAUGAGAAACUGGGUCAUUCGAAGCAUGCGUCUGCGUUUCUGAAGGCUGCCACUACCACCCUUCUGCAUACGAUUAGCGAAUCCGAGAAGGCAUCUUAUGUUGCUCAUAUUAAUAGCUACCUUGCAGACGAUCCAUUUUUGAAACGAUAUCUUCCCAUAGAUCCAGCUACGAAUGAACUUUUUGAUAUUUCAAAAGAUGGGGUCCUACUCUGUAAAUUGAUCAAUGUUGCUGUGCCUGGGACUAUUGAUGAGCGAGCAAUCAACACCAAAAAGGUUCUUAAUCCAUGGGAACGGAAUGAGAACCAUACACUUUGCUUGAACUCUGCAAAGGCAAUUGGGUGCACUGUCGUAAACAUUGGAACACAGGAUCUGGUUGAGGGAAGGCCCCACCUAGUCCUUGGAUUGAUAUCGCAGAUUAUUAAGAUACAAUUGUUAGCAGACCUGAACUUAAGGAAGACUCCUCAGCUGGUCGAGUUGGUGGAUGAUAGCAAGGAUGUGGAGGAACUGAUGGGUUUAUCUCCAGAAAAAAUAUUACUGCGUUGGAUGAACUUUCACCUCAAGAAAGCUGGCUACAAAAAGAACAUAACAAACUUUUCUUCUGAUGUGAAGGAUGGAGAAGCCUAUGCUUUUCUUCUAAAUGUCCUUGCACCAGAGCACUGCAAUCCAGCUGCACUGGAUGCAAAAGAUCCUUCAGAAAGAGCAAACAUGGUACUUGAGCAUGCAGAGAGAAUGGAUUGCAAAAGAUAUUUAACCCCUAAGGACAUUGUUGAAGGCUCACCAAAUCUUAAUCUUGCUUUUGUCGCCCAUAUAUUUCACCACAGGAAUGGUUUGUCAGUGGACAGCAAGAAGAUAUCUUUUGCUGAAAGGAUGACUGAUGAUGUACAAACUUCAAGGGAAGAGAGAGCUUUCAGAUUGUGGAUCAAUAGUCUUGGCGUCUCUACAUAUGUUAACAAUGUGUUUGAGGAUGUUAGAAAUGGAUGGGUUCUCUUGGAAGUUCUUGACAAAGUCUCUCCAGGGAUAGUUAAAUGGAAACAAGCAACCAAACCUCCAAUCAAGAUGCCAUUCAGGAAAGUGGAAAAUUGUAAUCAGGUUGUACUAGUUGGGAAGGAAUUGAAGUUUUCUCUCGUCAAUGUUGCUGGAAAUGAUAUUGUCCAAGGAAACAAGAAAUUGAUACUUGCUUUUUUAUGGCAGUUGAUGAGAUACAACAUUCUUCAGCUUCUGAAGAACUUGAGAUUUCACUCUCAAGGAAAGGAGAUGACUGAUGCUGAUAUUCUGAAUUGGGCAAACAAUAAAGUCAAGAGUGUGGGAAGAAACUCUCAAAUGGAAAGUUUCAAGGAUAAAAAUCUUUCGAACGGGAUAUUUUUCCUCGAACUUCUCAGUGCUGUAGAGCCAAGAGUUGUCAACUGGAACCUUGUCACAAAAGGCGAAAGUGACGAAGAGAAGAAACUGAAUGCAACAUACAUUAUCAGUGUAGCACGAAAGCUUGGUUGUUCCAUUUUCUUGUUGCCUGAGGACAUCAUGGAGGUGAACCAAAAGAUGAUUCUGACAUUGACUGCAAGCAUCAUGUAUUGGAGCCUGCAACAACCAUCUGAAGAUGCACCUCAAGCCACUCCAGAUAUUGAAAACGGAAGCAUCUCCAAUGGUGUUGACGCCUUGAGAAUUGAAGAUAGUGUUUCAGAAACAUCAUGUACAGAUGAAACAACCUCCGAAGCAUCUGCGCAGGUUGUCGAAAGCCCUUUACCAACCACUGAAUCUUCUUCACCAUCUGCUGAAGAUGGAGACAGCAUUGCUAGUGAGCCCCUGCAACAGUAAAAGGGAAAAGCACAACGCUUGAGAAACUAUACUUUUAUCUUUUUUAUUUCUUUUAUUUGUUUAUUUGUUUAUUUUUUGGUUCUUUAUACACGAACAGGUCACUGGCAUUAAAGAUGUACGUAGGUAAAAUCAGUCUGAUGUAGCAAUAAGUUUGUCCCUUACUGUGUAUGCUUGUAAUUUUUUUUACGGGCAGUACAAAGUGUAUCUAAAAUUCGUCAUAUAAGCUGGAGGCUUCAGUUGAUUCAA